AUGGGCAAGCUUGCACCACGUUUUAUCGGACUGUUUGAUAUUAUCGAGAAGAUUGGGGAAGUCGCGUAUCGAUUGGCCUUGCCACCAAAGCUAUCGGGCAUUCAUAAUGUGUUUCAUGUAUCGUUGUUGCGGAAGUACGAGCCAGAUCUGUCACACGUUCUAGAGUGGUCCGAACUAGAGUUAGAGGCCGAUGCAUCUUAUGGGGAGGAGCUGAUACGUAUCUUAGAUUUGCACGAGCAAGUUUUGAGGGGUAGGACCAUUCCAUUAGUGCGAGUUCCAUGGAGUAAUCUUGCAAAGGAGGAGUCGACGUGGGAAAGGGAAGACGAAGUUAGAGAGAAGCACCCGCAAUUGUUUCCGAAUUAA